CCGGGCUUUGCUAGGCGGGGGGGCUUUACCAGCACAACUCUACCAGUGCCUGGGAUACUGCGGUGGCAGUUACACCCCCCCAGCGAGGAGACACUUCUUGCGGAAUGAGCUCAGAAAGCAGUAUAACCAAAUUGAAAAAAAAAGACCCUCAAGGAGUUACACUGGUGGAGCAUUGCAUUACAUAUGAGAUUAUGAGGCGAGUGAGUCCUUUAGAAGCUGAACUUAUAAAAGAUCCUAGUAUGCAGUGUAAAGUCAGAUUCAGAUUUGCUGGUCAUGAGUUUCCACCUUUCAUUGUGUUCAAGAUUUUUCACCAUACUGGAGGCCAAGGCAGCAAGUACAUAAGUGGAAAAAGAACAAUAAGUCCAGCAAGUGAGGCAGCAGUUGAUGCUUGCAAGUUGAUGGGACAUCGAAAAUAUUAUGAUCAAAUGAUAUGGGAUGAACUUCAGUACCAAAACCACAAAAUAAUAGACGAAAUAGACGUUGCUACAGUGAAAGAUUAUAUGCAAUAUAUCAGUAACCUGGAUGAGACCCCAGCAUACUUUGGUGGCAGGGAUAACUGCUGGAGAAAACUGUCUCUGGAAAACUUUCCCAGGACAAUGAUAAUGUAUGACAUAAUGGAUUAUGCACAGUCUGGGACACUGUCAAACCCACUUAAGGAGAAACUGACAUUUCUGCUCCUGAGGCCACAGAAUGAAGAGCUACGGCAUGAUCAACUCAUGACUGUUUCUCGAGUCAGGUCUCCUACACCUUGUCCUCCAACAGCCACCUCUUCAUCUAGGUCUUAUCAACCCUCUUCACUGCCUAGACCCUCAGUGCGUCGCUCUCGCCAAGCUCGACAGAAAGUAGCAAAAAUGAAAAGAGUUCAUGCACUUGAAAAAGAAAGAGAGGAACAGAAAUUGGAUGUUACAAAUAGAAGCCACUUAACUGAACAUCAAGAAACUAUGACUGCACCAACUGAAGACCUUGAGGAUCAUUCUGUCUUUUCAGAUGAAGAGUGGGAGCAUGAGGCAGCUAAAUUCAUGGAAAAGAGCAGAGAUGGAGUGAGCCAGAUUGCUUGGAUGCAGAAAGCAUCAGGGCCUGUCUCAAGGGAUUCACAAAAUCUGCACUGUGGAAGGUAGCUGGUGGAGUUCACAGGGAGUGAACAGAGUGAGUUAGAAGUAUGUCUGAUCUAGGCUAUAUUUGUAGCAUAGUUUCUGUGUGUGGCCCAGACUGUCUGCCCUUGAAGGAGAAAGACAGAUGCAAAGGUGUACUAUCACAUCUAUUUAAAUAAAGGAGACAAGUAAUGAUGCCCCUGAUAAAGUACAGCGUGAUAUGGAGAGAGGAAGAGAGCUGACAAUUGUAUAUACAAACUUAUCAAAUAUGAGUUUCCUACAAAUGGAACAUUUCUAUUAUUGUUUCUUGAUAUUUGCUCAGCAUUUCUGCAAAUCCCUGACUAAUACGUGUUAUCAAGAUUGUCUUUAUACGGCUUAGCAGUCCGUGAGGAACAUAAACUAACCUUGCAAUGUUGAUCAGACAACACAAUCCUUUAAAUUUCUCUUACAAUCUCACUUCAUUCUAGUUUAUCAAUGCAAAACAGAUCAGUGGGGAUAAACAGGUGCCCAUAGAUGCACUGGGCAGGGCAGCACCCAGAGCGUAAGGUAGAGAGCUGAAGUGCUCUUUGGGGCUGUUGCUCCCUUUCCUACUUUAUGCAUAACAUACAUGGAGUCGGAAGCAGAGUGCUAAUCACAGGAAUUGCUGAUGAACCAGAUUUGGUGGUUUUGGAAUAGCAUGGAGUGUUCCCAAGUAGCACGUAGGGAAUCAAUACUGGUCAUGAGUGUGAAGUACUGUAUAGAAGAGAGGAAAAGCAGCAUUAAGUUCAGACACUGCACUUUAUUGUACUGGAGACUGGGACUACAUCUACUGAGCUGCUGCAGUAGGGUAGAUAUACCAAGUAGCUGAAUGAGACUAGCAGACAGAAGAAUGAAAUUAAGAAAUGAGUGGGAUAAGACAAAAGAGGAAAAAUAAAUCACAAGAGGGUAGGAGAGAGUAAAGCUAAAAAGAGAAAGGGAGAGUUCAUCCUGGUACAUGUCAGUCACAAAAAGGAGUGUGCCCUCCUUAAGAGGCAAUUCAGAUAUCUAAAAGUGGCAGCAUGACAUGAAAGAUCCAAGGGAGGAACAUCGGAAAAAUUAAAAUGGAAAAAGUUAAGAUGAAAAAGAAGGAUGAGGAGAAAGGAAAGGGGGCAAACAGAAGGGACACAGACAAAAAGGAUCUGAACAGAGUCUGGUAAAAUACUGUGGGGUUUGUUUUGUUUUUUGGACAGGGAGAGAUAAGGUUUGGAAAGUGAAGUGAACAAGACUGACAGGGAAGCCCCUAAUCAGGCUACCCGAGCAGACAAAAUGGCAAGACCAUGAUCUUUACUUUUAGUAAAGUAAAUUUUGAUCCUUAUUUUUCAACACUGACAGAACAUUGACCUACUUUAACAAAUUUAUUAAAUAAAUGCUGAAAUGUACAUGGAAUCUUGCUGAUGGAAAAUCUUCAGUUCUUUUAAAUCAAUUAGACCUCUGUGAUCUUUGGGGCUCCAAAAGCUUGGUAUCCUAAAACAGAAUGAGCAUAUUGAUAACUAAGAACAUUGUUAGGUGAUAGAUUCUCUUCCCCUCUUGGCCUCUGGUUUGAAUAUCCAGGUUGGCUUUAUUUUUUUUUAUUUUUUUUUAAGUUAUUAUAGUUGUUACAGGUCUAGACAUUUAGUUACAAAUGUAGUCCUUUGAUAACUCUUUUUAGAUAUUGUUGUUCACUAUAACUUAUUCUGAUAGAUUGUAUAUUGUCCAAACCCAAGAUACAGUUUUUGUCUAAACAAAAAAACCCAAAGGCAAUAAUGAGCCAUGAUGACAGACAAGAGAGCUGGGUUCUAAAAAAUUUCAGCAGUCUCAUCCUACAGGAGCAAUCAGGGAUGAGGAAACAGCAACUAUGAAAGACACAUUAGUCUACACUUGAAAAAGCUGGUCUGAACUGACAGUGCUUUUGACACAGUAAGGGCCUGAUCCAGUGCCUACUGAAGUCAACUGAAAGGCACCAUUGUCUCAAAUGGGGACUGGAGUAGGCCCUAGAGCACAUGAACACACUGGAGUAUGUCUUGGGUUGUGGGGGGGAUUUGAAAGGGGAGAAUUAUAAAAAAUUGCCAAAAGGCAACGCCUGUACUCUGUACAAAUAUAGCCAACUUGACUUAUUGAAUCUUAUUAGGGUGUUAAUACAGCUUUGUGAAUUGCAUUUUCUUUUCUUUUUUUUUCCUCUAAGAUAGUACUUAUCCAGUUGGAUCCAUAAGUCUUGUGUGCAAGAUAAAGAUCUCCAAGUAUACUGCCAUUUAGAUA